GGUAUUUGCCUAGGUCAGCUCAGACAGGUACAAAACUUCGUCGACACGUCUGACUAAACUAAAGUUUGUGAAUUUCUUGUAUUUGUGCCUUUUUGUGGUCGAUUUGAAUGAUGAAUGCUGCAAAGUUUAUUGGGCUUUUCAUCACACUGUGUUUCAGUGUACUCAGUACUCAAGCAGGGAUUCUGCUAUGGGCUAAGAAAAACUUGAAUACAUUCAACCCACUCUGCUACUCGGGAGUUGAAUGCUGCUUCCAUGAGUGGAGUUAUAAGCCAAAUGUUUCUGCUCUUGACGGGUCUUUCAAGCAACAUCUGUUUGGCCAGUCAUUGGCGCAGAGUACCGUCCUUGGUGCUAUUGACGGUCAUGUGACCAAUCGUAAUCCACAGAAGCCCUUAGUCUUAUCCCUGCAUGGACCUGCUGGAACCGGAAAGAACCACAUCACUCGUCUGGUUGUCGAAAGUCUGUUCACAUAUGGGAUGGAUAGCACUUUUGUGACUCAGAAGAUAUCGACCAAGGACUAUCCACAUAAAGACUUACUCCAGUAUUACAAGGACGAGCUGGUGUCAUUAUUGAAAUCCAAGGUAUCAUCAUGCCCCCAUCAUGUGUUCAUAUUUGAUGAGGUAGACAACAUGCCACCAGGCUUGCUAGACAGUAUCAAGAGCUACUUAGAUCACCAUGCCAAAGUCGAUGGGAUUGAUUUCAGGAAAACCAUUUUUAUAUUUAGAAGUAAUCUAGCUGCACAAGCAAUCAACAAGCAUGUAUGGGACAUGUAUGAGAGGGGGGAAGGAAGGCGAGAGAUUAUUUUACGUGAUUUGGAGCGAAUCAUCUCAAAUGAAAUCAGUCAAAACUCUGAAGCUGGUUUUUACAAGGCUCGAAUCAUCGGCUCUCAUCUGGUCAGCCAUUAUGUGCCAUUCCUCCCUCUGGAAUCAUACCACGUCAGGCAAUGUAUCGGAGUCCAGUUUGAAUCGCACGGGUACAGAUCCACUCCAGCCUUGGAAGAUGAGGUUCUUGCUGAGUUACAGUUUGACGGACCACAAGGAUCCCGGGUAUUCGCCGUCAAGGGAUGUAAGAAUGUGGCUGAGAAAGUAAACAUCGUUCUCUAUAAACUGAAGAUGAAAGCUCAGAGAGAGAGGCAUAUAGAAUUAUAAGAUUAACGGGGAGUACUCGAGGGCCAUGUGAAUGAUUCUUUAGUGGGGGUGCUGAUGUAAAUUGAAAUGAAAAAAAAGGGUUAUCACUACAAUGGAAGUCGUCCUGAGAAGUUUGAAAAGCCAAAAAAAAGAAAAGAAAAAAGAGGUUUCCUUACAAAUUAAAAUGAAGGUCAUUUAGGAUUAUCUAUCAAUUCUUUUGCAUCUUGCAGAAUUCCUAGGGGUGCUGCCUAUGGACAGUAAUACACACAGCACCACGAGGGAAAAUCUUGGGGGUACAUCUGGAUAUUACUCACUACCCAAUUUCCUUCAUUUUUUCAUGAGAAAUAGAAUAUAUUUAAUGUAGUUUAAGAUGCAUCCCAGCUGCAAUAUAGCGGGGUAGGCUUGCUUACAUUUCUGAAAUAUUCAUGUUAAACAUUGUAUGAAAAUUUGUGGUCAUCUAUGCCCAGGUGGUAAAGUGUAUUCUCAAAUUAAAAUUACUUCUCAAGUUAAAAACAGAAUAUUUUUAAAUGUUCUGUUCUAAAAUUUAUAAUCUUGAUCAUAUUUUUCAAUAUU